UGGCGCAACAGUUACCAUGGCAGCGUCCAGGCGCGAGGCUGCGUUGGAAGAUGGCGGUGACUGGCUGGUUAGAGAGCCUGCGGGCGGCAGAGAAGACGGCGCUGCUGCAGGAUGGGAGAAGAAAGGUGCACUAUUUGUUCCCAGACGGAAAGGAAAUGGCUGAAGAAUAUGAUGAGAAGACAAGUGAACUGCGUGUGAGAAAGUGGCGAGUGAAAAGUGCCCUGGGAGCCUUGAGCCAGUGGCAGCUUGAAGUGGGAGAACCAGCGCCCCCAGGAGCAGGGAGCCUAGGGCCCGAGCUCAUCAAGGAAAGCAAUGCCAAUCCUAUCUUCAUGCGUAAGGACACCAAGACAAGUUUCCAGUGGCGGAUUCGAAACCUUCCCUACCCUAAGGAUGUCUACAGUGUCUGUGUGGCCCCGAAGGAGCGCUGCAUUGUUAUCAGAACAACCAACAAGAAGUACUACAAGAAGUUCUCCAUUCCUGACCUAGACAGAUACCAGCUACCUCUGGAUGAUUCCCUGCUGAGUUUUGCUCAUGCCAACUGUACCCUGAUAAUCUCUUAUCAGAAGCCAAAGGAGAUCGUGGUGGCUGAGUCAGAGCUACAAAAGGAGCUAAAGAAGGUAAAGACAGCCCAUGGCAGUGAUGGGGACUGUAAGACCCAGUAGCUGGUCCCCGGCCUUGCUCCUCUGGUGUGGAGGAUGCUGUGUGACUUCCAAGCUUGGACCUUUCUGGCACGGGGGCACCCACCUCUCUUCCUGGAGCUAUCCACAGUCCGUAGGAACAGUCCACGUGGUAUGCCUAACUCCUGUCCAUGUUCUUGUUUCCCGAGUAAAGUCAUUCUGAGUUACUGCAGAUGGACUGUCCUUUUG